AUGUACGCCAAGCGUGCCUUUGGUCAUUGGCACGUCGGUGAGGUAAUGGAUGAAGGCGAGUUUUGUGAAGCUCGUGAAGAUCUUGCUGCUUUGGAGAAGAAUUAUAAGGAGGAACUUCAAAUUGGUUUUUCCCAAUAUGAUCAUCCUGUUGUUUUGUCGGUUGAAGCUCAGGCAAAGUAUGUGGGGCAUAUGAAAGGUGCAUGGAGUAAAAACUUAUUUUUGAAGGAUAAGAAACAUAGAUUUUAUAUUGUUUCUGCUCUAGCAGAUACCAAAGUAGAUUUGAAAGUUCUAUCUCAGAGACUUGGUUUGGGAAAAGGAGGCUUGAGAAUGGCUCCUGAAGAAGCACUUGCAGAAAUACUUCAGGUGCCAUUAGGUUGUGUUACUCCGUUUGCUCUUGUAAAUGAAUCAGCACGGCAUGUUUCGCUGUUGUUAGAUCAAGGAUUUAACACUAAAGAAUGCUGCUUUUUCCACCCACUGUCCAAUGACAUGUCAAUCUCUCUUAAUGCCCAUGAUCUUGACAAGUUUCUGAAAUCUAUAGGAAAGGACCCUGCCUAUGUUGACCUGGAGUCUAACCCUUCAGUGGGGAAAGAUCAACCUCCUGACCUAGUUGCUCUUGUUCCAUCUGGCACAACGGUGUUGCCAGAGCCAGCAGAAAUCACAGCUUCCUGCAAAGCGUGGACAAAAGCCAUGUCUUCGUGAAUAAUAAGUUGACAGCUGUUACAGGUAUUUUACUGCAAUUUUAUUACUUACACUACUUUAAGUGAAGAUCGGAUGUGGUAUUUUCUGUUCGAAUAUUUUUCCUUUCAAUUUUUACUAUGUAUACCCAUUAGAGUUCCUUUGAGAAUGGUGCAUUUCUGCCCUUUCACAUGACCUUUCUGUUGAGUUUGAUUUAUUAUUCUUUCUUUCACUAAAAUUGACCUAAUAUGAGCUGGGUUUGUCUUUACAAUUUGGUGGACAUUUAAUGAACUUCUAUAACUUUACCGUUGUUAUGUGGUUGAAACUUGAAAGAUGGAUGAAACCAUCCCAAACAUGAUAAUUUUCAUGGCCUCUGCUUGUUCUAAUAUGCUGAUCAACUUUGUAUGAUUCAUAUCUUAUUUAUGAGCCUAUCUGUGUAUCUUUCUUAUUUUUCUUACAAAUAAAAUCUCUGUUUUGACAUGCGGACGAAGAAUGUUGCAAAAAGACAGAAAAUAUUUAAGCAUACCCACUUUAUGAUCUGGUUUUGUGACAAGAUGUUCUCAAACUCAGAAGACCAGAAAAUGCAGCUCCUAGAGGCAAGGCUGGCUCAACGACAUAGCUAUUGAAGCCGCCACUUUAGGCCCUCGAAUUUUUAGGGCCACAUUUUAAGGAGGUUUAAUUAAUCUAAUAUUAUUGUUAGGAUUUCAAAUAAAAUUUUUAGAUCAAUAUUCAAUGAAGUCCAAUUUUAUUUUUAGUACCCUAAAUAAUUUUUUUAGGCACAGGUUCAAUUAAAUCUAAUUUUAUUCUUAGGUCCCUAGUAAAAUUUUUAAAACUCAGGUUCAAGUAAGUCCAUUUUUAUUUUUAGGGCCCAAAAAAAUUUGGGAGUCAAUUCAAUUAAGCCCAUAUUUGUUUUUAAAGCCUCAAAUAAAAUUUGUAUACUCAUGUUCAAUCAAACC